UAUUCAAUGAAAUUGAAAAUGAAAACGAAACCGAUAAACUACCAAAAAAUAUGUAAUAAUACAACAACAGCAAAAUGAAAAAUUAAAAACAAAAAAAAUCCAAAAAUUAAACUUCCGUUGUGGUAUAAAAUCAUUGUGCGUUCCCAGAAAAAGUAUCACAUUGCAUUCAUACCUCAAACAAUUAACAACUAUAUCAUCAACUCAGGAUUUAUAACCAAAGUAAAAAACUAUUCAAUAUGAAAUUAUUCAUUGUAUUGGCCUGUACAUUGGCGUUGGUAGCUGCCAGACCCGAACCACCAAAGAGCCGUUAUGGUCCACCACCAGCUCCACAAAAGGAAUACUUGCCACCCAAUAAACCAGCUGAACAAUAUUUACCUCCUUCGGCUGCCCAACAACAGCAACCUGCUCAACCCUUACCUGUCUAUGGUGCUCCCGCUCCCUUCUAUGGUCCUCCCGCUGAAGCUGUGGUAACCAAGAAUGUCUAUGUUCAUGUACCACCAGAGGAGCCUGAGGCCUACCCACCACCAGCUCCCAUCCAAACGGCAGUACCCAAGAAACACUACAAAAUCAUCUUCAUUAAGGCUCCCAAUCCACCCACUCCCAUCCGUCAAGUUGUUCCUCCUCCCGUUCAAGAUGAACACAAAACUUUGGUCUAUGUUUUGGUUAAGAAACCCGAACAACAAGAACCUUUGGUUAUUCCCUCUCCUGCUCCUACUGAACCCAGCAAACCUGAGGUCUAUUUCAUCAAAUACAAGCAACAACAAAAACCUGCCGAACAAUACGGUCCUCCAGCCGCUCCUGCCUCCGAAUAUGGUCCUCCCGCUGAGAAAUUCUAAAUCUAAGUUUGGUUUAGUUAUUCAUAACCUCAUAUUCUCACUAAAAAUCAUUUCACGUCAUUCCUCUUAGCGGAAUGUGUAAAUAUUUCCUUUUAACGAAAUCAUUACUUUAAAAUUACGUCGUCGUCCAUCCAUUUUAAUCAGUUGUUAUUUAGUACAAUGUUGUUAAGUUUGUUGAAUAGUUAAAACGAUUUUUAUUAAAUAAAUAAA